UUUUUUUUUUUUUUUCCAUUUAAGGAGAAGGCUCCACCUGCUGCAAGAAUACACAGGCUAAAGGGACUGUUGAGGGCUUAGACCACCUGCCCUGAAGAGUCAAAGUGAGAAAGUAGGAAGGAAGGAGAUAAAUCAUCUACUGUUGCCAUCUGCUUCCCACUGUGUACAGAUGUAUGCUGAGAAAGUUGUAACAGAGGGGAAGAUGGGGAGCAGGGGAAUCUCUCUGACCUGUGUGUUGACCCCCUGCCGGGUGAUCGGGGUGUGUGUGACACUAAUGUUCUUGGGGGCCAUUGGAGCAGCCGUUUGGGCCGUAGUUACGUAUUGCACAAUGGAGGAAGACACAGGACUGUACGAUGUUCAGGUAAAUUCUGCUGACCAACGCCUCAGAGUCUUUGACUCCGCCCGGAGGAGGUGGCGUCAGGUGUGUUCCUCCUCAGCCAAUGAAAUGCUUGCUAGCAUCAGCUGUGAAGAAGUGGGCUUUGUCAGUGUGGUCAAUUACUCGGUCACAUCAGUGCCAGAGGCCAGUGGAGAUGGUGGAGAGUUCUUCUGUGUCAGACAGGAAGAGCUCAGCUACGGCAAGAAAAUUAAAGACUUAUUGUUCCCAUGUGACUGUGAGAGCAGGGAGGUUCUCACACUGUUGUGCCAAGACUGCGGCAGGCGCAGUUUUGCAGCAGACCGUAUUGUUGGUGGUGUGGAUGCUAGGCAGGGCAGCUGGCCUUGGCAAGUCAGCUUGCAGUAUGAUGGAGUUCAUCAGUGUGGAGGAUCCAUCAUCUCUAACCGCUGGAUUGUCUCUGCCGCUCACUGCUUCCCAGAACGGUACCGCUUUGUUAAUCGCUGGCGUGUGCUGCUGGGCUCCAUCUACAAUAAACCAGUCAAUGCCAACGUGGCGGAGGUGAAGACCAUUGUUUAUCACAGCAGCUACCUUCCCUUUGUAGAUGCCAACAUUGAUGACAACAGCAGGGACAUAUCUGUUUUGGCCCUCACCCAGCCGCUCACUUUCAAUGAAUACAUCCAGCCUAUUUGCCUGCCAGCAUAUGGUCAAAGACUGAUAGACGGACAGAUGGGAACAGUAACAGGUUGGGGAAAUGUUGGAUACUACGGUCAUCUAGCAGAUGUUCUCCAGGAAGCGAACGUCCCCAUCAUCAGUGACGCUGUCUGUAACGCUCCUGAUUACUACGACAAUCAGAUCACCACCAGCAUGUUCUGUGCUGGUUAUGAGAAAGGAGCCACCGAUGCCUGCCAGGGAGACAGCGGCGGUCCUUUUGUGGCAGAGGACUGUCUGUCUAAGACGAGUCGGUAUCGUCUGCUGGGGGUGGUGAGCUGGGGAACAGGCUGUGCCAUGCCAAAGAAACCUGGUGUCUACACCAGAGUGUCCCGAUUUUUGCCCUGGAUAUCUACUGCCAUGAGGAACUAUCACAACUCCCCCGGGGUUCACAAAAUGGCCCGGACAUGAGAUUGCUGCACCCAUGUUUCUCCUGUUUCUACACUUUGACGACAAUACGGACAGAUCCUGUACAUGUCAAUGGGGAGUGUUACAACGGGGGGAUGGAAAGCUGUGAUGUUCCCCUUGAAUCACGGUUCUAGAUUCCUCCUCUGACCCAAAACGUUUUACUGAGGAUUUACCUGCUGCUUGUACCCUUUCCUAUUAUUAAAUGUAUUCCAAUAUCAUACUCCUUAAUAGAUACAUUCCUGAUCAUAAGUAUUUGGACAGUUGAGCAUUCUUUUUUUUUUUUUUUUGUUCUUCAGGCGCUAAGCUGUUUUACUUUCGAACCUCUAAACUUUGAGCACCAUGUGUUAAAGGUUCUACUAGACUACACACAAUUCUUUCUAUAUUGAUGUAAACCUAGUCAAAUUUAAGCUUAGACUUGGCAUUUUAAUGUAGUAUACAUUGUUUUAUUUCAAAUUGAAUGUGCUGAAACUCGGAGCCUGAAGAACAAAAAGUGUGUAACUGUCCAAAUACUUGUGGUCUGGACUGUAUCCUGUAUCUUUGCAGACAGAUCCUUACACAGACAGAAGUCUUUAAGAGACAUCAAGGCAUUAUUUUGAAUUCAUAAGCAAAGAGUUAUUGUGGUAUAUAACUUUGUUAUUAUGAAGUCAUGGAGACAUUAUGAAGUUAAAUAUUGAUACAAGGCCAAAAGUGAAGUGAUAUCAGAAUCAUUAUACUGGAUUUAAGAUGUCCGUUUCGUAAAAUAUAGUGAGAUUGUUUUUCUGAGAUGACUUUUUCUUCUCCUCUUUUGCAGCUGCAUACUACUGCAAUGUCACCAGAAGUUAAGUUAGAAAUAACCAGUAUAAUGUAUGUGCUAAACAGCAGUACUUUGAAUUAAGACUUGUAAAUGCUCAGGUUUAUCUUCAGGGUUCCAGACGUAAUUGCAAGGAUUCAUACAAUAAGAGGCUUAAAGUCUUUAUCUAUAGAUUUUAUCUAAUUGUUCCACAUGAGUCACUUUCUUCAGAUCCAGACAUUGCCAGUGUGCACUUUUAGUGCGUUUACGUUGUGAUGUCUGACACUAAAAUGUCAGUAAUGCAUGAGUAAUUCUAGCUAAACUAAGCUUUAUUUUGAAUGAUUACAGAAGAAGUCAAACUUUUCACAUAGUAGAGAUCUCAUUUUGUAAUCAAACUGUUACUUUUGUGAUACAUGCCAUGUGUUUUUAUAUGCUGACUUUAUUAUGAAUAAUUAUUCGUAGAAGAUCUGUCUUUGCCAAAUUCCCAUGUUUAAGAUGGAGUGGUGAAGAUGAUGAUCAUAUUCAAAUCAGUAUUUGCUUUGUUUUGUAAAUAUUAGGCAGUGUCUUGUUUAUGUAGAUGUUUAUGUCAGACAUGUUACAGAUGUCUAAAUGAUCCACAGAUCUUAAAGCCAAGAGUGCAAUAAAAACAUAAAUCAUGUUCUCGUAAAAUAUACCUUUUGUUACACAUUACAAAGACUUUACUCUACCUGUGAGUACCUGUAGCUAUCACUGAAUUUGUGUCCUGCACCUGGCCUAAAUAAAGAAUGGGAUGUGAGCACUAAUAACUUUCUUCAAUUUUUUUUUUUUUUAUCCCUUUCUGGCACUGAUCUUUAGCUCUUGACUAAACAGAAUGUAAUGUACAAGUUUGACAUUCAACACUCAAAAGCUGUAUAAUUUAUGUAAAUGCAUGCAUAACGGCCCAUACUACAAACUGAUAUUUCCCCUUUUGAAAUAAAAUGAAUGUACAAUAUGUGCAUUUAUAGCAAUUUUGAUGUGUACAAGAGAAAUAAGUAUUGUAAAAUGUCAAUUGUUGCAUU